UUAUCGGCUAUCAUCACGUGUACUCGACUUUUUCUCUCCGCCUCCAUGACUAACAAUUUAAUUAAUUUAUCCAUAUACCAGAUCGUGGAGUAUCUCCGAAUAGCCUCAGGACCGACAGAUAGGAGUCUCUAACUAGACAAGUGCGUCUGCUCCUCAAGGUCAGCUCUCUCAUCACCUUCUCACCAAGCUAUGCUAUGAAAAGAUUCCUUCGCACCAUGACCUCGCUCACUGCACCACCCCGUGUGCCCAUCCCCGCCAACGGGGUGGACUACCGUGGCAAGCUCGUUCUUGCGCCGAUGGUUCGAUCGGGAGAACUUCCCUCUCGCCUUCUCGCCCUCAGAUAUGGUGCCGACCUCGUCUGGGGCCCCGAAACGAUUGACCGCGCCAUGAUCGGAACCACCCGUCGAGUCAACCCCCGCAACGGCACCAUCGAGUUCUUCAGACGGCCCUCCAACGGCGGCCGCCCUGACCGACCCAUCUACGACUCCGUUAUCUACCGCAUCGAUCCGGUCCGGGAGAAGGGCAAGCUCAUCUAUCAGAUCGGCACCGCCUCGCCGGAGCUGGCUGUCGAAGCCGCCAAGAUAGUCGCCGCCGACGUGGCCGGCAUCGACGUGAACUCGGGAUGUCCCAAGCCGUUCAGCACGAGUGGUGGAAUGGGUGCUGCGUUGCUGCGCACGCCGGAUAAACUGUGCGCGAUCCUCGAGGCGCUGGUCCGCGAGGUCGGAACCCCCUUCCAGAUCGGCAUCUCGGUAAAGAUUCGCAUCCUUGCGCAGCCCGAGGAGACGGAGCAGCUAGUGACAAGACUUGUCAAGACGGGCAUCACGGGCCUGACGGUCCACUGUCGGACAACGCCCAUGCGACCUCGGGAGAAGGCCAUUCGAGACCAGCUGCGCAUGGUUGCCAACGUCUGUCACGAGGCCGGCGUGGCGUGCGUCAUGAACGGCGACGUGACCUCGCGCGAAGAGGGCCUCGCGCUAAUGGAGGAAUUCGGCGUGGAUGGCGCAAUGAUCGCUACCGCCGCUGAAACCAAUCCCUCCUGCUUCCAAACCGAAGCCCAGGGCGGCCUCCUCCCGUGGAGGGACGUCGUUCACGAAUACGUGCGAUUCUGCUUGGAAUCCGAGAACCGCUUCGGCAACACCAAGUACCUGCUCAACAUGAUGAUCCCCGGCAAGAACAAGGAGUUCAAAAUGGCCAAGAACGCGCGGUCCUACUGGGAUUGCUGCCACCUUCUCCAAUUCGAGGACCUCUUGCCUCUUGCCGAGCAGGUGGACCAGACACUCAACAUCGCGGACCGAUCCGUCUACAAGGAGGAAGCCCGCAACAAGGCCGUCCAGAACGCCCUCGAGAACAACGAAACUGCUCGUGCGGCCGGCGGGGCCCCUCGUUCCAAGCCCACCUCGCCCGUCGUCGCCGCUGCCGGAGGUCCCAUCCGCACCAACUCCAUCCCCAAGCCGACGGCAAAGCCCGAGACCACGGCGACUGUUGAGACUGCCCCUGUGCCCGAGCAGACGACUCAGCAGCCUGAACUUGCGGCGUAACUUCUUCCGCCCGCUUCCAUCCUCCCUUCAUAUACAUAUUCGUUACUAUGCAGGGAAUCCAAUUCCCCGCUGUUGCAUUGCUUUUCAUUAAAGUUCUUCAUUCUUCUGGUCUCUCACGUCCAGAGCGCAUUAUUCUGGUGUUCAAAUACCGGUUCGGUUCUUACUAGGUAGUUUGGAGGUUCUCAUAGAUUCCCAAGGUGUUUCGUUUCAAUUCAUGUCUUCUUCUUCUUCUGUCCCCACUCAUACAUACAUACACGCAAAG